AUGAGCUCCAUCUGCACGACGCCUCAAGCUCACCGGCAUGAACUGCUGACACACACGCAUAGACCCGAGCUGCAGCGGGUUCUGUUCACACCAGUCGCCUUAGACGCACCUAGGGGCGCAACGCAGGCAGCACUCUUGCAGGCCUGGGAAUCGCUAGAUCUUGAAAACGACCCGUAUGUGAAGAAGCUAAGACGUAGCUCUCCAAACGGACCUGCGUUGAAGAAGGUGCUCUUAACAGAGAAGACUUACUGCAGGGACCAGUUGAAACGAUUCGUUGACAGAGUCGAGCAUAUCUUCACCGAGCUUGGUCCCUGGGCGGCCGACUAUUUCAUCUGGACGUCGCUCGAGCAACUCCGGGGUAAAGUCCACAAUAAUUCGGUCAUGUUGGAUCUAGAUACCGAGGAGCGGAAAUAUCUCGUAGAUAUCCUUUCGCAACUACCGGUCCCGGACUUCAACCUGCACUCAACAGACCCCGCCGAUUUCCCCGUCUCGCCGAAGUUCGAAGCCUUAGUCUCAUUCCUAACAACCACAGAAGAGCGCGACUUUUCGGGCCUCAUCUUCGCCCAGCAGCGCGCAGCCGUCGCCGUAAUGGCUCACCUCCUCUCUAUUCACCCCUUAACCCGAGACCGAUUCCGCACCGGCGGCUUCGUCGGCAUGUCGACGUCAACCAACCGCAAGGACAUUCUCGGCGAGCUGCUCACAGCAAAGAUGCAGCGCAACACACUCGACGACUUCCGCCGCGGGCGCAAGAACCUCAUCGUCGCAACGGACGUCCUAGAAGAAGGCAUCGACGUCAGCGCCUGCAGCGUCGUCGUCUGCUACAACCGCCCGCCGAACCUAAAGUCGUUCCUGCAGCGGCGCGGCCGCGCACGACGACAGCACUCGACGUAUGCAAUCUUGCUCUCGACGGACGACAAUAACUCGCAUCUGCACAAGUGGCAGGAUCUCGAGAGAGUCAUGGAGGAGGCGUACCGGGAUGACCAGCGCCGAUUGGAAGAGCUGCGCGCACUCGAGACUACGGAAGAGGAUGUGCACUCGCGGUUCUGCGUUGAGGCUACGGGCGCGAUACUUACCGCUGAUAAUGCCACGCAGCAUCUGUACCACUUUUGCUCGAUCCUCCCGCGCCAAUCGUACGUCGACAACAGACCGGAAUUCUCGUUCGAGAGCGAUGGGCUGCAAGUAAAGGGCAAGGUUACGCUGCCGAGCUGCGUGCAUCCGGAUGUAAGACGCACGGAGGGCCGCUCGUGGUGGAUGACCGAGCGCGCGGCGAGGAAGGAGGCUGCGUUCCAGGCGUACAAGGCGCUGUAUGAGGCUGGGCUUGUCAAUGAUAAUCUGCUUCCGCUUACGAAAAGCCGCGAAUUUACGCUGAAGGAUCUCGCUCUGCUCCCGGCCGUCAUGGAGGUCUCGGAGCAGUACGAUCCUUGGGUUGACUGGGCGUAUUCGUGGUCGUCGGAGACCGCGGGGGUGCAUUCGAGUCGCAUCGUUGUCCGUCAUAAUGGGGACGUUGCGUAUAUGAAGCUGCUGUGCCCGACUGUGCCGCCGCCGCUGGAACCCAUGACACUGUUUUGGGAUAAUGAGACGACGUACACGGUCGAGUUUGAGGCUGCGCAGCAGAUCGAUUUGUCCACUGAAGACCUGGAGAAGAUGCGGACUAUCACAGCUCUGUAUCUCCAGGCCUCGUUAACGAGACCCCUCCCCGCUGACCGCGACUACAUCGCCCUCUUCACCCCGGACGUACCACCCUCCGAGCUGCCACCCUGGCUGGAGAAACAUCGCGGCCACGAGCCAGCGCAAGACGUCUUCACUAGCAACCGCCACUCAGAUCUCAUGGGAAUAGUCCGCGACCGCGCGCGCUUUGGCGAAGUCCUCGUUUUCAAGCGCUGGGUCGUCUCAGGCACAAAUGACCCGCUCUCACUAGAAUGCGACCCGUACCCUAAGCGCCGAAACCUCCUACAGCAGCAGACCCUCGCCACAUCUACAAAACGCUCCGCACCAGAAGACUUCCCACCAGCGAAUGAGAGCGAGCAGCAGCAGGCGGCACUCCUUGGAUCCCCUACGAAGAAACGCAUCAUCUCCGCUGACCAAUGCACAAUCGACAAACUCCCCGCAACCGAAACGAUCUUCGGCCGGUUCAUCCCCGUGAUAAUCAACCGCCUCGAAGCCGCCCUCGUCGCAACGAAACUCUGCGAGACGAUCCUCCACAGCGUCCCCUUCGGCGACAUCAGACACAUCAUCACGGCAAUCACCAUGCCCUCGGCGCAGGCGCCGAGCAAUUACCAGCGGUACGAGUUCUUCGGCGACUCCGUGCUCAAGUACACAGUCUCCUUCUCGCUCUUCUAUCAGCAUCCGACGUGGCACGAGGGGUAUCUCAGCGAGGGCCGUGAUGCGAUUGUGCAGAAUGGGCGGCUUGCGCGGGCGGCGUUGAAGGUCGGGCUGGAUAGUUUUAUUAUUGGGAAGAUGUUUACGCCGAGGCGAUGGGUUGCGCCGGUUAUUGGGGAGAAGCUGAAGAUGGAGAGUGAGAUGACGAAGCGCGAGAUGUCUACAAAGGUCCUUGCUGAUGUCGUCGAGGCGCUUAUUGGGGCUGCGUAUAUCGAUGGUGGGCAUGUGAAUGCGCAGGCGUGUCUGCUGACGUUCCUCCCCGAGCUGCGAAUCAUCACCCCGGAUAUGGCCAUGUCUCUGGACCAGAACGCAAACCUUAACCAAUCCCAAGACCAUCCCCAACCACGACCAAUCCACUACGAACUCCUCGAAGAGAACAUCGGCUACACAUUCACCAACAAAACCCUCCUAACCGAAGCACUCACCCACCCCUCCUGCCAACACGACUCCACAACGCAGUCCUACCAACGGCUUGAAUUCCUCGGCGACGCUGUCCUCGAUAUGAUCAUCGUUAAUAUAAUCCUCGCACACUCGCAGGAGCAUCGCGGCCUGAGACAGAUCCCGCAGGGCGAGAUGACGCGGAUCAAGCAUGCGCUUGUCAAUGCGAAUCUGCUUGCAUUCUUCUGUUUGGAGUUUGGAUGGGAGGUUCCGGGGACGGAGGUUGUUGUUACGGCUUCGGAUGGAGAUAAUCAGGUUGAGACCGUGGCGACGAGCACGACGCAUCAUCUCUACACGUAUCUACGGCAUUCUCCGACAACACCAAUACUCACCACGCUCAAGACAAAGACGCUGCCGAGGUAUAUGCAGCAACGACCCGCUAUCCUCGCGCAUCUGCACCCAUCGCCAUCGCCAUCCCAACCCAACCAUAUCCUGUCCCCACGCUCAACCCCCUCGUCCCCAAACCCAAAUAACCCGAAAUACCCCUGGGGCCCCCUCGCAACCCUGCACCCCGAGAAAUUCCUCUCGGACAUGAUUGAAUCCCUCCUCGGCGCCAUCUUCAUCGACACCGCCGGCGACGUGGCCGCGUGCUCAGCCUUUCUUGAGAAACUGGGUCUCCUCCCGUAUGCGCGGUAUGUUCUUGAGCAUGGUGUGGAUGUUGUUCACCCGUUGCAACGCGCGCAGGUUUUUGCGAGGUCGGAUGUGAAGUUCAGGACUGUGCGUGUGGUCAAGACGGUGGGGGAUACGGUGGGGGAUACAGCUGAGGAUGGCAAUGGGGAGAGUGAAAGUGGAAUUGGAAGUGGCGGUGAGGAUGGCGUAGCCGAGGAAGAAGCAACAUACACAUGCACUGCAACCCUCCCCAGCCACAGCAUCGAGGAUAUCGUUGUGAGCGGGUGUUUGAGCAGUGAGGAGGCGGAGAUUAGGGCUGCGGAGGCGGUCAUCGCGGUGCUGCGUUCGACGCAGGGGAGUGGCGUUGGCGCUAAUUUUAUUGGCCAUGACGACGGUAUUGGUAUUGAUAAUGGUCUUGACGUUGGUGAUAUUGAGAAAGAAAUGGAGGUGGAGAUGGAGGUGGUGAUGGAGAAGGACUUGGAUAAUGAUGAUGAUGAUGAUGAUGAUGAUGAUGAUGAUGAUGAUGAUGAUGAUGAUGAUGAUAGAGCAAGCGCGAUGGAAUUUUAG